CUUAUUCUAAGAAUCAAAUUCUGCUCAAUGUUACACUUGUAGUGCAAACAAGUAUAAAAUGGUUGCAGACCGUCUUCUUUCAGUUAAACAGAAUGAAUAUACACCAUAGGCUCAUGUUAUUUAUAAGUUGGUGCUAUGUAUUUGUAGCUACUGUUGCUGCUAUUUCAUUACCCGAGCGUUUGUUCCCAGCGUGUGUGUAUCUAAAUAGAAAUAUUUACUGUUAUGGGGGAGAUCAAGGAGGCACAUCUGCGGGUUCAAUUGUUUACGCUCUUAGCUUAGACAGCAGCAAUCCUGUAUCAAUCAAAGAUAUGAACGUAAACUGGACGCAGGUCCCUAUUAAAAACAGCUUUGACCCCGAAGCAAGACAAAAGCCUCAGUUUGUGGCAUUAUCUGACAACAAAAGGUUUGUCAUUAAUGGUGGGUCUCAUUUUGGCUCUACCCCGAUAAGAAACCAUAGCAUUGUAUUUGAUGUUCAAAACAACACUUGGCAGAAACUCCCUGACUUUCCUGGAGAAAACAACACAAGAUCCGAAGGGACUGCGGUAAGUAUACCCUCAGCUAUAGAUGACACUAUUGUUUUGUUUGGUGGCAAGCUGCUCAAACGAAAUGUAGUGGAAAUGACUGUACCUUAUGUGAACAGUACAAUGUAUAACAUUUCAUCGGGAACUUGGGCUUACCUUAAACCGCAACUCAAUAUACCAAUUGCCAGUACCCCUAUUGGCCAAUCAACAACGUUCAACCCAAAAUCAGGAAUCAUAUAUUAUUUUGGAGGGAAAACAUGUAGUGUCUAUAAUAUUGACGUCUUCUUUGGGUUUCCUUUCAACAAUGACUAUAAAAAUUGCACUCUUUCCAGCCUUACAUGGGGGUAUAUAUUCGAUACAAAAAAGGCGAUAUGGGAUCGAAACAACUACACUGCAUCCACUGGUAGCAGAUUUCCUUCAAGGAGACAGCAUUUGACAACCGUGCUUGCUUCUGAUUUUCAGCAUAUCAUUAUGUAUGGUGGUGAAAAUGAUAAACAGGCUGUGUCUGAUUUCAUGUAUACUCUGGAUCUCAAUAAUAAUACAUGGACACAAGUCAAGGUUGAGGCAAACGGCAGUAGCCUUACAAGAGCUGCCCAUUCAGGUACUGCUAUAUUUGGGCUACCCUAUGCAGAUAAUAGUAAUACUUAUGCUGCAACUAUGCUUGCUUAUAAUGUAACUGAUCUCUUGAAUAUACGUCCAAUUGACUACUACUAUUCUGACACAAUCAGCACAAAUACCACUCUGGACCAGCCUAGUCCCUUGACGUCUUCCGCGCCACAUUCUGACAUUGAACCUUUGUCAGCAGGAGCAAAGGCUGGUAUAGCUGUUGGAUCAAUUGUGGGCGUAGUAGCAAUCUUUAGUAUGUUCUUUCUUAUCUAUCAUAAAAAGUCAAUGAAAUAUAUGCAACCAUCAGUUCAGGAUCCUGAUGAACAGGUGAUGGAUGAAAUAAAUGACUUGGAUUGGAACAAUAUCGAACGUCAGUACUUUGAACUCGACACGCUUUCUACAACAGCAGUAGCAGAAUCUCUUUAUAGAAAUUCUACAGAUCAACAAGUACUGUCCCCCAAUGCUAAUACAAAUAGCACAUACACUGUUCUUAAGACGACAGAGACUUCACAAAUAUCUAAUGUAGAAAUAACUCAUACAAUGGAAGAUUCAGCACAGACUCCGGAUGCUUCAACCCAUUAUAUUAAAGGGUUAUCGCAAACACCGGAUGCUGUAACAAAGUAA